AAACACAAAUAAACAAACCCAAAAAUACAGAGGAAACCAAACCCUCUGAGUUUCAUCUUCAUUUCAUUAUCUCUGAAACUAAAAUUGCAGACAUUUUUAAUGUCUACCCACCGCCUCUGAAACUUGUUGUCAAAGUUCUGUUUGUUGUUGUGCUUUAAAAACACUUUAAAAACACUCUGAAAACACCUUCAAAACACUUUGAAAACACACCCUUUUGGUUCUUGAUUUCUCAUUUCAAUCCAAUUAAACAAACCCUUCAAAUCCCAUUUCAGUUUCAUCAUUUUCACAGCAAAGUUAUGAGCUUUUUUACAUUUUAGCUUCAGAUCUAUAAAAAAGAUUUGUAAUUUCCUUUCAUUUCCUCUGUUUUGUUCUGUUUUUUGUUCUUGAAAACAUGAGUAAAGAAGAGUUUGUCAAGAUUCAGACUUGUUCUCUGAAAGUGAACAUCCACUGUGAUGGAUGUAAGCGAAAAGUGAAGAAGAUUCUUCAAAAGAUUGAUGGGGUGUACACUAUCAAUAUAGAUCCGGAACAGAGUAAAGUGACAGUUUCAGGAGUUGUUGAUCCAGACACCCUUUGUAAGAAGCUUGCAAAAAGUGGUAAACUUGCUACAGUUUGGGGGGAUUCUAAGCCUAAUCCACAGAUCAACAAUCAGUUGAAAAACAUGCAGAUUGAUGGUGGUAAAGGGGGUGGGAAUAAUAAGAAUCAGGGGCAGAAAGGGGGUGGAAAUGGUGGUGGUAAUAAUAACAAUAAUAAUAAUAAUCAGAAAGGCGGUGGUGGUGGUGGUGGUGGUGGCGGUGGUGGCGGCGGCGGUGGUGGUCCCACACCGCAGCAACUUCAGCAGUUUCAGCAGCUACAACAGAUGAAAGGGUUUCAAGAUCUGAAAAAUCAUCCACAAUUUAAGGAUAUGAAAUUGCCUCAUUUUGGUAAUUCCGGUGGCGGUGGCGGUGGUGGGGGUGGUGGCGGGGGUGGUGGGAAGGGGGCACAAAAGGGGGUGAAGGUGGUUGAGGAGGAGGAUGAUGAGUUUGAUGAUGAUUAUGAUGAUGAGGAUGAUGAUGAGUUUGAUGAUGAUUAUGAUGAUGAUGAUUUUGAUGAUGAUGAGAUUGAUGAUGCUCCGGUGAAGAAGCCGGUGAUGAUGGGUGGUGGUGGUGGUGGUGGUGGUGGGCAGAUGGGUAAUAUGUUGCCGCAGCUUAUGAAGAGCGGGCAGAUUCCGCCGCAGUUUAUGAAGGGCGGGCAGAUUCCGCCGCAGUUUAUGAAGGGCGGGCAGAUGCCGCCUCAGCAGAUGAAGGGCGGUAUGCCGCCGAUGGGGAAUGAUGGCGGUAAUGGUGGAAAGAAAGGCGGUGGGGGUGGGGGUGGUGGCGGCGGCGGUGGUGGUAAUAUUCCUGUACAGGUAAAUGGCGGUGGUAAGAAAGGCGGUGGCGGCGGUGGUGGUGGGAAUCAAAAUCAGGGUGGUGGUCAAAACAAGAAUGGCGGUAGCCCUUCGGGUGGUGGUCAAAACAAAAACGGUGGGGGUGGUGGUGGCGGCGGUCAAAAUAAAGGUGGCGGCGGUGGUGGUGGCAUGAUGAAUGGUAAUGGUGGAAAUAAAGGUGGGAUGAAUGAUGGGAUACAUGGCAUGCCAAACAUGAUGGGUAUGAAUGGUGGUGGUGGUGGUGGUGGGGGUAACGUGGGGCCCAUGGGAAACAUGCCUAUGGGUGGUCAAUUGGGUCCACCUAGGAUGGGUCAAAUGAAUGGAUCCAUGGGUCCUGUGGGUAACAUGCAAGCUGUUCAAGGGCUUCCCACUGGGGCGGCGAUGGGUGGCGGCGGUGGUGGUGGAGGAUAUUUCCCGGGUGGAGGGGCGGAAGCCAUGGGAGGUAACCCUUACCAUCAACAACAAUUAGCGGCGAUGAUGAACCAACAACAAGCGGUUGGCGGAGAAAGAUUUCACCCAAUGAUGUAUGCUAGGCCGCCACCCGCGGUUAACUAUAUGCAACCACCCCCACCGUAUCAACCUUACCCGCCAUACCCCUACCCGCACCCACCACAAGGUGAACCUAUCGCACAAUACUUCAACGAUGAUAACACCUCAAGCUGCAACAUAAUGUGAGAAACCCCUACCGGAAAGAGGUUCCCUUGGCGGUUCAUGGUGGUUAGUAGUGGUGUUUCCCGGACUUGAACCCGCUACCGCAGGACCGAAAGAUGGGGCUUUCUUUAGCUUUAGUUGUUUCUCUUUUAUCAAUUUUCGUUUCACUUGAUCCUAAAGUUGGAUUUAGUUCUUUUUUUUUUCUUUUUAUUAAAUUAUGAUGAUAGCGGAGUAAUAUAUAAUUAUCAAAAACUUAGGGGAAGAAUGAGGAGAUGUUGGCUAGUUAGUGGGUGGUGUGAUGAUGACAUUGUGAUGAUGGUUUAUGAUCUUGAUGUUUAUAUGUUCAUAUGUUGAAAGAAGAGAAAUAAUAUUUAUAAACUCAUGAUGACCCCAAAA